AUGGGGGCUUCCGAUGUGGAGGGAGUCCUGGACGGGCCGCCGCGCAGUGCCGAGGGCUGCCGCCAGAGGGCGAGCGCGCCCCUUAGCGCUCCAGCUUGCGGGGUGGAUGGAGCGCGGGAACCGCUCCAGCGCCUGCUUCCCACCGCCCUGCGGCCUCGCAGCAUCUCACCUGGGCGCGAGAUGAGGGACACUGAGGUGUCAGGUGCAGGCCUGGCAUUUGUACCCCAGGGCCCCCCACGGCAGCCCUGGACUCAGAACACGACCUGGGUUCUAAGUGAGGAGGUCCCGGGAGCCCAGAGGCCAGUGUCUGCCCUCGGCAGCUGGAAAGCCUUCUUGGGCCUGCAGAAAACCAAGUGGCUGGAGACCGUGCAGGGUGGGCAGGAGGUGGCCACUGCCACUACUGUGUCUCUGCCACUAGACCCUCGGGAAGUGGCCUACGAGACAUGCAAAGCCAGGCCCUUCACUCAGGUGCUCUCCCGGCCCGGCUGCACAUCUGUCCGCCUCCGCAACCACCUCUGCUUUGGACACUGCUCCUCCUUCUACGUCCCCAGCUCGGACCCCUCUCCGAUCGUCCUCUGCAGCAGCUGCUUGCCCACUCGCAAACGCUGGACGCGUGUGGCCCUGUGGUGCUGGACGGGCAGCCCGGCCUCCCGUCGGCGAGUGAAGGUGCCCACCGUGCUGGUUGAGGGGUGUCGGUGCAGACCAAAACCCUGA